UUCCGGCUAGGAAAUCAUUGUAAGCAAAAGUCAUUACGUAUAUUUUAGCAUGGCUCACAGUUAAACAUAGUCACACCCACACCUCGCAGGCGCCGAUCCCGUCGUGCGCGGCCCAGUCCCGUCCGCCGUCUCGUCGUCUUAACACGUUCCAGAUCGCCACAAUGAGCCGACUAGGUCGAACCCGGCGCACGCGCGUCUACGACUGCAACUAUGACAAGGGCGAGAGCUACUACCGGCCGGUGCUGGACCGCCUGGACCACAAGCUCGCGCCGAGCGCCGGCGCCGGCGCCGCCGAGCACGACCGCGACCGCUUCCGAGCCGACGUCGAGUCGCGCAUCAAGCACGCGCUCGACGUUGACGACGCCAGGGACGAGCUGUUCGACUCGAGGGGCGCGCGCGCCACGCGCGGCCGCCCGCUCUCCUCCGCUCUAGAAGAAGACGACCUGGCUGAUGACAUCACAGAAUCACUUAAGAGAAUCCGCGCCGGAAAGAAACAGUCUCGCUUCGCCGAGGACAUCGACUUCGAAAACUCAGUAUCAAAUCUGGAAAACCGUAUGAGGAUCUCUGACAAAAUUUUGGAGACAGUUGGAAUCGGCCAGUCCGAGGUCAGCGGCGCGAGACGUGCCCUGCAAGAAAACGAGGAACGCACAGAGAAACGCAUCGCUCGCAGACUGAACGAGGAGAACUCACUGACGAAGUGGACGGCUCUGAAGGACGACGAGAGCGCCGCCGCGCAGCGCGCGAAGGCGAGCCGGGCGCGCCUCUCAGACUUGGAAGACGAGAUGUCGGAGCUGACAGAGCGCAGCGCGGCGCGUGAGAAGCGCGCGGCGCGCCUGCGCGCGCUCGUGGCCGACUCCGACGUCGCUGACUCCGCCGUGGCCGCCACCAAGAUCACCAUCAGGGAACAGAGGGAAAAGAAACAAGUCACUUUCUAAACGCUCCUAACAAAUCUACUAUCUGAGCCCUUAGUGUAAAUUUAAUUCGAGAAUGAUACGUUUCAUCUUCGAAUGAAUUUGGUUAGAUAGGCUGUGUUUCCAAAACCUCCGUAGGCGCGCUGUUCAAAAUGCCAUACAAAACGAGGGUUACCGAUUCGUUUAAGCAAAUUCACGUUUACGAAUAAAAUUUACGCUAAAGGUACUCUGUAAUAACCUACUGUCGUUCUUAAAUUUAAAAGUUUAGAUUUAUGUCGAGUAUGUUAACACUGUAUCAUUUGGUUUGAGGUAGAGGGUUUGCUGGAAAGUACUCUCCUGCAUUUUCAUUUUGUACAAUGGUGAGUUGAUGUUAAUUUUAUACUCGUUGGAUAGAAGAAUAAAGCGCUACGUAUUUCCCUGUUUAUUUAUGGUUUUGUAAGUAAAUAAAUACUUAUUCGUUGUUGUGA